UCUACUUCUACCCACCCAGUGCCCUCUAGUCUCCCUCUCCUCUCCCUCUUGCUUCUCCACACAACACAAUGGACGCCAUCUUCCUCGCAUCCGCGGCGGCGACAUGGGCGCUCAACAAGCUCCUCGACCACCUCAAAGACUCCGCCAUCAAGGCGCUGCUACGGUCGGAAGGGCUCGACAGGGAGGUCGGCCCCAUAGAGGUCACGCUGAUGCGCGCCAACCUCGUCCUCGGCUCCGUGCCCACCGGGUCGGCCGCCUCCGGGGUGAGGAUCAGGAACAAGGAGCUCAUAAAUCACGUCAACAAAGUUCACCAGCAUGCGUCUUUCUUGGCCAAUGAGCUCGACAAGGUCAAGUACCAGUGCAUCAAGCAAGAGGUAAAAAAGAAGAACCUGGAGAAUGCAAGCAUUUUCAAAUCCAAAAUGAAAUCUAUCACUCAAGUUGGAACAUCGGAGCAAAAAAUCAGUGGAUAUGACAUAAGACUGAUAAAAAAGACUGCUGAUGAACUGGAGAAGAUUUGCAACGAUGUUCAUGAAGCUCUCGUGGUAGAGAAGCUUGGUCAGAUUGUUGAAGCAACAAAAAACAUGGAUAUAGAUACACGUGAGACGGUAGACAGCAAAACUGAAACUGAGGUGGUCCCAAGAGAAGAGGAAAAUGAUAUUAGACAACUAAUAACUGCAAGUGCAUCACCUCAUCAACAGCUAUUAGUUCUUCCAAUAGUCGGCGAUGGUGGUGUUGGGAAGACAACACUUGCUCGACAAGUGUACAAUGACCAACGUGUGAAAGAUAAGUUUGAAAUGAUGAUAUGGAUUUAUGUAUCCGCUAAUUUUGAUGAAGUCAAAGUUACACAAGGGAUUCUGCAACAAAUACCUAAGUGCGAGUAUAAACCAAGUACAAACCUUAACGUGCUUCAGGGCAGCAUCAAGAAACACUUGACUGGAAAAUUUCUAAUUGUUUUGGAUGACAUGUGGGAAGAGAGCCAGGGCCGCUGGGAAAAGCUUUUGGCUCCACUUAGAUGUACGGAAAAAGGGGGUGUGGUUCUGGUGACAACUAGAAAGCUAUCUGUUGCCAACGCGACGGGCAGAUCCAAUGCACCUAUCAACUUGGAUGGCAUGAAGGCAGAUAUGUUCUGGUCCUUCUUCCAAACAUGCAUAUUUGGUCAUACGGAUUAUCGAGGCAAAAAGCUUCUGAAAAUUGGAAAGGAAAUAGCUACCAAGCUGAAAGGAAAUCCUUUAGCAGCUAAAAGUGUCGGUGCACUUUUGGGAAAAAAAACCAAUGAGCAUGCCUGGAGAAAUAUAUUAGAUAGAGAUGAGUGGAAGAUUCAAAAUGAGACGGAUGACAUCAUACCAGCACUAAGGCUCAGUUACAAUCACCUGCCCGACCGUCUUCAGCAAUUAUUCUCAUAUUGUGCUUUGUUUCCUAAGGGUUACAAAUUUGACAAGGAACAGUUGAUACGUAUGUGGAUUGCUCUUGGCUUUGUCACACAUGAGAGGAUACCAUUGGGAGAUGCAGCAAGUUACAGUUUUGAUGAAUUGGUAUAUGGGAGCUUCUUCCAGAAAGAGGAACGGUACUUUAUUUUGCAUGAUUUAAUGCAUGAUGUAGCACAAGAAGUAUCAGCGUUUCAGUGCCUUACUAUUGCUGGCCCAGAUCCUCAGGAAGCCUCCCAAUCUGUACACCUCAUUCGUCAUGUCGGCAUCUGGACUGAGAUGGUGUACAAUGAAGGAAACAUGGAACGUAAUGAAACCUUUGAAGAAAAGUUAGACAAGAUACAGGACGGAGAUAUUCUGAAAUCUUUGGAGAGUUUCAUGCUUGUAGGCACAUAUGAUGAGAAUUUCUCUGCAAAGUUUGCGAAGACCCUGGAAAAAUUACAGUAUGUUCGUUUACUUCGGUUGUCAAUGCAUUUCAAUAUCGAUGCUUUGCUAUCCAGUGUCACAAAGUUCAUCCAUCUUCGGUAUUUAGAACUCAGGUAUACAUCUCAGGAGCGCAAACCUUUACCUGAGGCUAUAUGCAAGCUCUACCACCUACUGCUACUGGAUAUCAUGCACUGGAGUGGUUUAGAUGACUUGCCAAAGGCUAUGAGCAAUCUGGUGUGCUUACGCUAUCUCCUCGUUCCGGGGUCAGGGUCAUUGCACUCAAGGAUAUCAAGAGUUGGACAAAUGAAGUUUCUGCAAGAGCUCAGUGAAUUUCGGGUGCAAGAAGAGAAAGGCUUUGAGAUUGCGCAGCUGGGAUCUUUAAGUGAGAUCAGAGGGUCACUUAGUAUCCUUGAUCUUGACAAUGUCAAAACAAAGCAAAAGGCUUCUGAGGCAAGGAUUAAAGAUAAAAAACAUCUGAGGACACUUUCACUUUCAUGGGGUAGUGCAAGUGCAAGAGAAAGUGCCGCUGUCCAGAAGGAAGUAAUUGAGGGUCUUAAACCACAUGAUCGUCUUGCACAUCUUCAUAUCAUAAAUUAUGCAGGUGCUUCUCCAUCGUGGAUCGCAAUGAAGGGAUUAGAAAGCCUCCAUCUCCAUAACUGUAUGGGCAUAGAUGUCCUGCCACCAUUUGAGGAGAUGGAAUGCCUGCAGAAACUGUCCUUGAUUGGCAUGUCCUCUCUGAGGGAUGUCGACAUUGACAUGGGGCUUGAGGAUGACGAGCUCGAGCUAAGCGAAGUUGAAAUAGCAAGUUGUUCAGCCUUAACAUCCAUAAGGCUUCAUUUUGGCAAGAUAUUGACUAAGUUUGAUGUUAAAGAUUGUGUGGCACUAUCUUCCAUAGAAGGUUUGCCAUCCUCUGGUCAACGGAAGCACUACGUGAUCCAAGGAUGCCCUCAGCUUCCUGCUGAUACUGUCUAAGAUGGAUUAUCUGCUGGCAAAACCACUCCGAAAAUAAUCUGAUAAGGAAAGAAGGAGAACAAUUUGAAUGCAAACUUGUCACUGUAGAUUCAAAAGCAACGUGGACUCUUAUGGUUUUACUUCGAUGUGGUUUUUGGUCAUUCACCAUUGCACUUCAUCAUCAUUUUCUUCGCAAAAUAAAAUAUGGAGAAAUUUGUGUCCAAUGCGUGUGUUUGGCAGGCAGAGCCCCUACACAUUGUUGUCAUGGGAACAUAAAUCCAUUUAUAUUGUUCAAGUUCAAUAAGUACAAAUUUGCAUGCAUCGGCAUGUUAAUCAUUCAAGGAAACAAGGGUGACUUUUGAUAUUC